AUGGGACAACCAGUGGACAACAGGGAGGACACGUCAACCGUCGCUCCUCUGAUGGAUGAGGUGUCGAGGGAGGAGAAGACGCCAGCUCCUGCAGCAGACGCAGAGAAAGAGUCAACAUUCACUGUCGAGCAUUAUGUGCGUCAGUCCCAGUCGCUGUCUGCUGCAGAGCAGGAGUUUGUCCUGAAGAGGAAACAAGUUGCUCUGAAGUCACUCAACAGCCUGGGAAUCAAGUGUUCACCGGAUUCAGUUCCUCACAUCGCCCUCUUGGGGUCAGGUGGGGGUCAGAGGGCGGCUGUGGCUCUGGUGGGCUCCCUCUAUCAGAUGGAGAAGGAAGGUCUGCUGGACAUGCUGCUCUACCUGGGAGGAGUUUCUGGUUCUGCCUGGUCCAUGGCCUCCCUGUACAGCGACCCACAGUGGAGCACUAACAUGGACCGAGCGGUGUCCAGGCUGUCAGGUCCAGGGGUCGGCCCAGAGGAGGCUCUGGCCUGGCUGGCCGAGAGGGCGAAGGAGAAGCACUUCUCCCUCACCGACAUCUGGGGGGUCAUGACCUCUGCGGGCAUCAUGAAACAGUUGGACCUUCGGCGUCUUUCUGAGGACGUGAUGAACACCAACAAUCCCUACCCCAUCUACAACGCAGUGAACAAAAACUGCCUGCAGAAUGGCUCUGACCAAGGUAAAUGGUUCGAGAUGACUCCUCGCGAGGUUGGCUUCACAGAUCUGGGCCUCUUCAUCAACACCUCUCAUCUAGUCAGCACAACCGAAGGAGCAGACCCUGAAGGUAAAAGGCCAGAGAUGGACAUGGUCAAGCUGCAAGGUGUAGUGGGCAGCGUUGCAGCAGAUGAACAGAGUCUGGUAAACUAUUUGCCUGACUGGCUGAAAGGUCUGGUGGGUACUGCAGCUACUGAUGGAAACACCUUACAGGACGUGAUGGUUCUCUGGACUGAUGUACCACCGCAGGUCAACAGUUUCUGGGAUGUCUUGGACCGUUACAUGCGUGGGUACCACAGUCUUUUGAAGCUGACAGAGCUGAUCAGAAAAAACACAGAGGAUCCCACUGUUUUAUCCGGGCUGGACAAGCUGCAGAAAACACUGAAAGAGAGUCUAAACUUCAACCCCACUGCAUCGUUUGGAAAGAAGAGCCCAGAACAACAAAAGCAGACCCUUGCUCAGUGGCAUCAGAACAUGGCACCAUUGCAGACUUCGAUCCAGAGUCUGGAUGACGGACCAAUCAAGAAUGUCUCCCUGCUGAUCCAAAAAGUCUUCCCGCUCAUCUGGAAAUGGGAAUGGGGGACAACUGAAAACUUCCUCUACCAGUACCCAGGUGCUGUGGUGCCGUCCUGCAUCAGACUGAAGGAGCACCUGCAGCUGAUAGAUGCUGCUGUGAUGCUCAACAUGCCCUACCCUCCCUUCCUGGGAGAAAAGAGAGACGUAGACCUCCUUAUUGCUCUGGACUACGGAGCCGAUGCCUUCAAGAGCCUGCUUCUUGCCAGAGACUACGCAGCAGCAGCGAAGAGGCCUUUCCCAGAGAUAGACGUCAAAAUCCUGGAGGAGCGAGACUGGCCGAAGGACUGCUACGUGUUGGAGGGAAAGGAGAAGGAGCCCACCAUUGUCUACAUGCCGCUUUUCAACAGACGCAACUGCAAAGAUGCGGAGGAGAUCAAAGCAAAGAUGAAGGAGUUCUCGACCUUCCAGCUUCCGUUCAGCCAGGAGAAGAUCGAGUUUGUGCUGGAGACGGCGAAAGCCAACGUGAGGAACAACAAGCGAGCUCUGCUAAGGGAGAUCAACAAGGCGAUUCUCCGCCGACGCAGCAGGUGA